UGCUCUGCUUUUGCCUUUUUACCUGCAGCCUGGGAGGGGACACAAGCCAGACAGGUGUGUGAGGAGCGUCUGUGAACAUGGAUUCAUGAAGAUGGGUCACACAGAGAGACGGAUAUAUGCUUGGAUGGAUGGAGGGACGCCUCGUGACGACCUUGGACCUAACUAUCCUCAAGCUUGCCAAGAUACUGGAGUCUGUGUCACAUGACCACAACACCUCCUCAGCUUCUGCAGGAGGACAUGCAGUGCUGGUGCGAGUGAAAGGCAGAGUGAGCCAAUGAGCUUCACACCAACCCCAGCUCUAGUCCCAGACAGGGACAGACUCCCACUAAAAAAGAGGGACCAAAGGCCGAGCUCGCCGCUGCCACAGCAGCAGCAGCAGCAGUGUGAUGCUGCAACAUUCAAGGCGCCCUACCCUUACAAGAGCCACAGUGAGUUUAAGACAAAGCACACAGGCCCAUUCCAGCCCGUACCAAGACGAGUUCCUGCUCUGUAUCAGCCCUGGAUGCACUCAACCACCAGGUCCAAACCUCACGACCUCUCUGCAUUCAGGGAUCAUCACGGCUGGGCGGACUGGAGAGGGUUCAACCCCCUGCACCCUGGAUGGGUCUUUUCUCACCACAACCACUUGACUGGCACCCCUGCACUCCACCUGGGCCAUCCACACCACCCCUCCAGAUUCAGCCCAGUCUCCCUGGUCCCCGAGGGUUUCCAAAGGGUGGGAGGAGGGUAUGGCUGGGAGCAGCUCAAGACAUUAAGGGACAGGAGUUUAAGCACAGACAGACAGAGCAAUGGGAGGAAUAAGGGACCAUAUAUGAGGAGAAGAGACAAAAAAGAGCAUUUUCCCAGGGUUGAAAAAGCAAGUCCUCCAUCAUUGAGCACAUGCCUACCUCUCUCUCCACAUGAAGACCUUACACAGCAAUGUGAUGUGUUGCACAAAUCAGCAAAAGCUGUCAAACAUCACACUUCUGGACAUUCCUUCAUAAGAGGAAUUUCCCCUGAUGUAAACUCAAGCAGAACCUUAGUUAAGGAUGAUGCACCAAGAUCUUCUACUCUCCCCUCUCCUGCUUCCUCUUCCUCCUCCUCUCCAAACCAUUUCCCCUGGCUGCUCCCUCACUUCGUGGCAGGCUCUCUGAUCGAGCUCAGGGACGGGCGGCUCAGGAGGGUGGAACACCUACAGACGGAGGACUUCCUGCUGGGAUCACUGGCGUGUCCAGACCUGCGCCUGAGCUGCUGCACGGUGCAGAACAUCUCACCUUCAGCCUCCUCCUCCUCCAUCUCACGCCUCCUCAUCUUGCUUCACGACCAGCAGUCUCAGGAGCUGGUGGAUGUCUACGUGGAGUACCCGUUCUUUGUGCGUGGGAGAGGCUGGUCCUCCUGCAGCCCUCAGAGGACGGCUCGUCUCUGUGGCCUGCACUGCCGUCAGCUCAGUGUGGGGGACAUCUGCCUGGCUCUCACCCCUAUCUCACCCCCACAGCCUGCACCAUCAGCCACCCUGGAGCCUAACACCUCACCCAGUAAGUCAGUGGGAGGGUGUGAAUCCAUAAGGCCACCACCACCCCGGGGUCCCACAGGACAAGAGCGGCUAGCAGGGGGAGGGAAGAAGGAGGCAGAGGCGGUCCGCAGGAGACACUAUUCAGCCCCUGAGCUGAGAGGGCCAGGGACUAACUGCAUGUAG